AAAAAGAGAGAAAACAACCGAUUUACCAACACAGCCGCGCCCGGAUCACAGCCUGCAGCACCGCGCGCUCCCCGCCUUCCUGCUCUUAGCAUGGCCAGUUCGAGUAAAGCGACUUUAAUCUUGCUCAUCUACGGGAUCUUAAUGCACUACAGCGUCUUCUGCACACCUAUCGGACUAAGUUACCCUAAGAUUAGACUUGAAAACGAUGCCUUCGAUGAGGAUGGGAACUCUCUGUCCGACAUGGGCUUUGAUGGCGACCAGAUUGCUAUACGAAGCCCCCCAUCCUUAAACAACGACGCAUACACUCUGUACUACCCACCGGAUAAAAG